AUGUUUGUCCAUUUAUUCGCUAUACUAUUCGUGGUAUCCCCGCAGUUUCGUUCGGUGCAAGGAGAAUGUCCUCGUGGCUACAAAGCGAAUUCAUCGGGCGGCAGAGAUGCAGCUAAAAAAUCGGAGAGCCAAAGGAUCCUGGAGAAUUUCCUUAACGAAAGAGACGAGGCCACCAUCCGUUCCACUUGGAAUACUGCCAAAAACAAUGAUAACAUUGGUCCAAAAACAUUUCUACGGUACUUUGAAUUAAAGCCUGAAGCCCAGAAAAUGUUCCCGGCAUUUGCAGAAGUAGAUCACGCAAAACUACCAACCAAUGACGAUUUUCUCGCUCAAGCACAGAACUGCGUUUCCGGCCUUAAUUCAUACAUUGAGCACCUCGGUAAAAACCCUAGAAAUUGUCCAUUUAUCGCUAAGGCCAAAGGAAAAUACCAUCACGAAGAUCUCAAGCUUCUAGGAGUGACACUUAUGGGAGUGUUGGAAGAAGAGUUAGGAAAGGGCUUCACUGAUGAAUCAAGGGAAGCAUGGAGAAAGGGGCUUCAUGCCAUGAAUGAAGCCGUCUCGAAAAAAACUGCUUCGAGACGUUGA